CAGUUAACUUAAAGCAGAAAGUAUAGGUACAGUUUAUCCUAGACUGAUGUAAACAAAUGAAUUUGAAUAAAAUCAUCAUAAAAUUAUUUAGGCCCAAUAUUGAAUCUGAGUAGCCGAUCGAAAAACGCUUCAACUAUCAUUGACGCGGAUAAAUUGUUAAAUCCUCAAAAGCAACUUGGAAUAGAUCUACCGUACGAUUGUAUCGGCGGGCAACGCGUGCGCAUCCUGCGUGGGAGGAGGGAUAGGGGACCGCUCAGUCGAGUGUGAUGCCGCGUCUCCCGCGCAGCGCAGAACGAACUGCGAUCGCGGCCAAGCCACAGCGCAUCGUGUGCCCGAAUCUUAUUAGCAUAUAUUAUCAAAAACAACGACUGUGAGUGUGUGAGUGAUAAACCAGUGUUAAUGGAUUUAACACAGAAGUUUAAUACAAAUUGUGGCCACAAAUCAUUGAACAGUGACACUGGUGAAAGUGAGCUUUCUAAACGACCAUAAUUAUUCCGUACUGAGAUGUGGUCCUUCAUGAAUACUUAGACAGCAUACAUGAGUAGGAAGGAGGUAAUGCUAGGAGAUAUACCCAAGUUGUGUUUGCUGGUAGCUACACUGGCACUUGGGUCUGUGGCGGGGAGCGGCGCCUGCGAGCGCGGGCUGAGCUGGUGGGACCGGCAGCGCGGCACCUGUGUGCCUUGCACCCGAUGCGACCCCGCCAAGAGACUAGUCGUCAGAUACCCCUGCGAAAUCCACAGGGACACUAUCUGCCAGUCGUUGUACGAGGCCCAAAUCUCUCCUUUCAAUACACCGAAACAGGUGCUUAAAAAAAACAAUGAAAUCAGUGAACUGCUAUCCAGUGAUGACGAGUACGAAUAUGUGGACUACGAUAGUGAAGUGACGUCUAGAAACGAUGUGUCGUGGGACCUGCAGACGACCAGCCUCAGCGUGGCCGCGAGUGGCUGUAUCGUGUUCUUCGUCGUGGUGCUGGUGAUGUCGCUGUACCAUGCCAGGCAGUGGAGGGUCAUCAAGCGAGCGCUUAAGUCAGAUGUACAAGAUUUGACGGCGAAAUUAAAAUUAAUGGAAGCUGGAGGCGAAACGACAGCAGAGCCGGUCGUGGCAGCUGACCACCACAUCUACUGCAACAUUCACAACUUAGGCAAGGAGGCGUUACUUGGUCCGAAUUCAACUAAAAAAGGAUUGGGCAAUGUGUACACACAGGAGAAGCACAACUCUUAGAACCACCGAAAUAGUUCAUCAACAAGUCAACAGUACAAAUAAUUCUUAAUAAUUCUAAAUGACCUCGCACUUCAAGAUUUUUAAAGAUUAAGGAAAAUUUAUUUUCUUAAGAUAAAAUAUACGAAUUCAAAGAUA